AUGUUUAUUUUCUUUCUACUUGUGUAUCUAGUGACAGUAUUAGGAAAUGUUGUGAUUAUCACACUGGUCUGGACACACCCACAGCUCAAAACGCCAAUGUACUAUUUUUUGUGCAGCUUAUCCUUCCUGGAAAUUUGGUAUAUAUCAGUCACACUUCCAAAGAUAUUAGAGGACUUUCUUUAUUCAACUAAAAGUAUAUCAGCUAUUGGCUGUAUUGUCCAGUGUUACUUCUUUUUCGUACUUGGAGCUAUUGAAAAUUACAUUCUGGCUGUUAUGGCAUAUGAUAGAUAUGUAGCCAUUUGUAACCCAUUAAGAUAUUCGACAAUCAUGAAACCUGUACUUUGUUGUCAGUUAGCUGUAGGUGUUGGUUAUGCAGUCUUUUUGUCAGUCAGUUUUGCCUCUUUAUUGGUUAUACAGUUUAUCAUUUUGUGGCUUGAACCAGAUUGA